AUGGAUGCGAGCGUAAGUGGCGGGAGGGGGAAGCGCGGCGCGAAGAAGAAAGGCGGGAAGGAGAAAGUGAAGAAGGAGCUGAAAGGGGUGAUGAAGGCGGUGAUUCGCGAAGGAUCGGGAUCGCCAGUGGAGGAAGGGAAGCGAGAGGGGAAGAAGGCGGGUGGUGCGGAGGGAGUGGGGGAGGAGGGAGGGGAUGAGGAGAAGGAAGAGGAGGAUGGAGUCUGUGGGUAUGAGGAAGACGAACGGUUUAUCACGAAACAGGUGGGAACGGGCUCCUCUCCCCCCCUGCACCUCGCCCUGGGCUCAGCACGGCUCCCCCCAGCACUGGAUCUGGCCCUCUCCCACAUGCUCACAGGGGAAAAAGCAGUUGUCUUUGCCUCCUCCCUUCACACCAUCCCGCCUCCCCCCGACACCCCUCUUCCGCCACCUCCUCCUGCCACUGCCCCUCUUCCGGGUGCUGCCGAGCCUGAGGCUCGAACUGCCGAAGCUGAGGCGGGGAAUGCCGAGGCUGGGAGGCUCGGGCUGGCUGCUCCGGUUGUUGUGGUGCCGGCGCCGCCAGAGGGGGUGGUGGAUGUGCAGUAUCAUGUGCAGCUGGUGAAGAUUGUUCAGGUGGGGGCAGGGGGAGGGGUGAAACGAUGGUUCAGGGGGAGGGGUGAAACGAUGGUUAUGAUGGAUGAGUGCAUUCACACGUCAGCUGCGCCAGAGGGGGUGGUGUACUUGGAGUAUCAUAUGCAGCUGGUGAAGAUCGUGCAGGUGGGGAUGCUGUUAUGUUACGAUGUGGUUGUGAUGAUGUAG